GCGAGCAGACAUGGCGUCUGUGAAGUCUAAGCGGAGCGGUUCUUCCACGUUUCCAGCUGUGGGCUGCGGCUUACAGCGGGGCUACAGACGCUGAACAAAACACACGGGCGCCUUUUAAACCAGAGUGCUCCUUACAGCGCCACUUACACCCACCAGCAGACUAAGCGGGAUUCUAAGCUUGUCUCUGGGCCACGGAGGGCGAGUGAAGAGCUGUGAGGGAGACGCUGAGGAGCCUUUCAGGUGGCGCUCCAUAUUCAUCCGCCCUGAGUUCCUGCUUCACUACUCCCGCUCAGCGAGAGUCCUGGGUUACCCGGAUGGAACUGUCAUGGCCGCCGUCACUGAUCUGCCAGUCUAAAGAGAAAAGAAAGGAAGUUUUAUCGUGAAACAUGGAGGCCACUCCAGAUGACCCACCAGAAAGCAAUGACCAGAGUAGGAAUGUUGAUAACGAUGCCUCCAUCGUCCAUACAUGGCCUCCUUCAACAGAGCUUGCAAAUCAGUCAUCAGAUGCAGCAUAUAAUGACCAUGGUGACCAAGAAGAAACCCAAUCUGGGGAAUCUGAUAAUUCUCAAACAGAAAGCAAGGCCGCAGAGAAAUCACCAUGUAAAAUGCAGCAAGGUGCUAUUUUCUCUGGGAAAAUACUGAGUUUCUGCUGCUCUGAAUGCAAAGGUGAUACCACUUACAGCCCCAAUGACUUGCUGAAACAUUUUCAAGGAGCUCACAAGGGAACACUUCCAACAUAUCCUUGUGACCUUUGCACCUUUGUCACCAAUGAGUUCUCUUCUCUCCAGCGGCAUCGCAUUGGACAUCGCGACACUUUGGUUACUUGUGAGAUCUGCAAUGAUGGAGUACAGUACUCUCUACUUUUACUCACUAGGCAUUUCAUUAUGUGCCACAGCUGUAAUGGACUGUUUCGAUGUAAAAAAUGUGACUUUUCCACCAGGGAUGCAGGCACUUUUGUUCAGCACAUUCAUCACCACAACGAGGGCAGCCACAAAUGUGUAAGGUGUCCACCCAUGAGUCCCACACAAGGGAAAGUCCUCUCUGGGACUUUUCCUUUCACCUGUCAGUUUUGUGGCUAUGGUGCUGCACGGAGGGAGUAUCUAAAUAAGCAUCUGACUGUGGCUCAUGGAGAUGAAAUGGAUAGAACAAACAGAUGGAAGGCAACAGAGGACUCUGGAGUUAAUAAUUCUGGACUGAAGCUGCUGCUUAAAAAGAGUCCUGCUGGAGGAUCUAGGGAAUCGCAGUGGAUGUCAAAGCUGAAUUCUCUUCCUGGCGUAGGGCUGCUUGACCACAAUGGCAGGUUAUUUAAUCCAGAGAAGACACUGGAGGAAACACAGCAAUUUCUUGAAAGAGCUGUUGGUGUGAAAAAAGAGAGUAGCAAGUGGAGUAAAAGUCCACUCAAGAGUGAACCGCAGUGUUCUUACCCAGUCACACCAACUACUCCACAGCCAAAGAUACAAGAAACUGAACUCAGUUCUGGAUCUGGAAUUUUGAAUUCAGGCAACAGUAAUGGACUGACUGUUCUCAUGGUCAAAAACAAAAUUUCCAUCCCUCCUAAUUGCACCACAAAAGUAAUGGGCUUUAAAAUGGUAGAUGGAAAAAAGCAUCUGGUUUUAAAAGUCAUACCAACAAAACAGGAACCCUCUAUGAAAAAUGAGAUGUCACCUGCUGAUCUUCCUGAGGAUGAUAAAAAGACCGUUAGCUCUCCUUGCUCCUCAUUAUCCCCAAGAUCCAAGUCUCUUUUCAGACUAGACUCUGAGAAAAAGAAAGAUUUCACUGCUUCGUUAAGAGCAGAGGCACAAGACAUUGAAAAAGACACUGGGGGUCAGUCACCUUUAUUAGAUGAGCAUGAAGCAAAUGUGGAUAGAACUAGUAUAGCUCCAAACCAGGUUGGCUGUGAAACUUUACAAACAUCUAGCCAGUUGCUAACCCCUCCAUCAGACUCAACUUGUAUAGACUUAGUGUCCACUGUGACCAAAGAGGCUUUAUUUGGCAUGAACCAAGUUAGUCAUUCAGAUAGGAUGAAGUCAUCACAACAGGAUCAUGAGCUUUCUGUCACUGAUCUAUCUGUAGAGAAAUCCCAGUCAAAAACAUUGACAGUUGUCUGCUCCCUUGCAGCAGAAAUCACUCCCACAGAUAUGGUUAUGGUGAAAGCCCAGUCGAACACUUCAGUAGAUUCAGGUAUGGAUGAAAUGUCACAAUCAGAAUCAAUUGCAGAUGAGCCAGCACCUCUUGAGGUAAUAUCUGAUGCAAAAACAGACUUAAUUCUGAUAUCGCCAAGUGGUUCCCCACCAUCUGCACUGCCUUCUAAUUGCGUUGCAGAUGAUGCCACACCCAGUGCUGACUUGGGUAAGUCCCCUGGCCAGAUGGGUCAUUCAGUGGAUAAUAAAAGUUGUGAUAUAUCAACUGAACAGUCUUGUGCAUCUGAAAGAAUUAUAGGCCAGAGACCACCCAGAGCUCCUGUGAAAAGGAGCCCACGUUUCAUUUCAGAAGAUGAAGAGAAACGAUCUCCAGUUGCUGGUGAAACUGAGUCUUCAUUAUCAGAGAGCACUGCAACUGUCUGCUUCUCAAAUUUAGCAAAUGGAAAGAUCUCUCGGAUGGAUUCGCUAUCUGAUUUUAGCCUAGCUACUAACUCCUCUCCAAGCAAGGAGCUAGCCUCAGAUAGUACAGCUGUUGAUAAUCAAUCCUCAAGUGUAACUCCAAACGGAACAACUGUCUCACAUGGAAGCCCACAGAAUAAAACAAAGGCAGGCGAGUCCCCUGAUGCCAAAGACUGUAACAAAGGGGCUGAAACUCUAUUGCAAAAUUCCCCAAGUCAGGAGGUCUUUAGUUUUCACAAUUACUCUAAAGAUUCUUUUAGCAGUUCACCUGAUUCACUUGAAGCUGAUGAAAAUUCUCCAGAGGACUUGGAAGAUGGUGAGUGUGAAGAAGAUUUUGAUGAACUCAAGCUAGCUUCAGACUGGAGCUUAACACUACCUGCAUCCCCGCCCCUUGGGACUGAAUUGCCAGAAGAAGAAAAUGUAGGAAGUGGAGGAGAAGGUAGUGCAGCUAAUGAGCCAGUUCCUGCAAGUGAGAAGAAAGCACUAGAAAGAGUGGCUGAUAGUGAUAUUGAGGUUGAUGAGUGCAUAGCUACUGUUGAUGAUACUGAUGAUGAUUUACCCAUUCCAGUGCUCCCAGAGGCUGAGCAUGGGACAGCAUCUCUAUCUGAGUCAGGAAAAAAGGAAGAGGAGGGUGUUUCUCCUGCAGUUGAGAAGGGAACCACAACUUUGAGCAAUGCAGCUGUUUUGGGAAAGAUACUUGAAAAGCACUCGGAUGCUAUCAUCAGUCAGCAGCUUGAGAAAGAAAGGAUGGUAUCUUCAGCUGCAGUGCCAGAUCCUAUAAGACCUACCAAAACAACGCUUAGGAUCCUGCAGACGCCUGAGGGAAAACAACAGAUGUUCCUUCAGACCACGGAGACUCCAUAUGCUGUCCAACUUAAAAGUAGUCCUGGGUUCAAGCUUAUUACAAAGUCCUGUGCUUCCAAACUUAAUGUGUCAUAUGUGAAGCCAGGAAUUGAAAGGCCUAGCAAAGGUACAGGGUUGUCUCUUACACUAAAUGGAGGCAGGAUCGGAAUGUCAGCUCAAGGUUCAAGUAGAGAGGGCGAAGGCCAUGCAUCUCUCUUACAAGCAGUAAGCAGCAGUGGAGGCCGCUACUUUGUCAAUGCCUCUGCUCUGAAAGGGCCUCUUCUCUUAUCUGGUGCUGUGAAGCCACCAUCAGGAGAGCAAACAACAAACACACAACCAACGUGUUAUUUAGUUCAAAGACCACUCCCUGUUGUACCAGUAAGUAAUGAGUCAAUUGGUUCAACUUCUAAGACUGUGCUGACUACCCGCCCACUGUUGGCCAUGCCUGUGAACUCGGCUGAUAAAGCGGCUCCCUUGCAAACUGGUCGGCAAGCAUACUUGGUCAGAUACAUCUCUCCAGCUAAGUCAGGGAUACUGCUAAAUAGCUCAGAUGGCAAAGGGGCAAGCCAGGGCAGCCAUGCAAAUGAAGGAGGUAAAAGCAGGGUUUUCCUGAAAAUUGUCAGAAGUCCUAAUGGCACUAGGUUCCUCUCUACUGCUCCGUGCACUUCAGCCAAAAAACCUAUUUACGUGGCCGCAAGUUCUCUACAGUCACCUUACUUUCUUAUGUCUUCACAUAACUCUUUCACAAGUUUGUCAGCAGGGCUGAAAACCUCCAACACUCAUGAACUCAUCCCAGGAAAACUUACAAGCAUUUUACCCCAGUCAAGCAUUGACAUUAAAAACAGGGCUGAGGAUAGCAUAGCAAUUCAGAAGUCACCGCUAAGCCCAUUGUACACCCGUUCACAAAGUCAGCGAAAGAGGAGGAGAAGGGGUCUGUUUGAGGAACCCUUUGAGUCAUCUCCGAAAACAAGGAGAAUCUCAAGCAAGUCAUCUGAGGUUUCAUCUCUCUGGGAGCCUGCAGCAAAAGAUGUCGAGAGAACACUCAGGCUCUCUCCUUUCAGCCCACUUCAGGAAAUCAAAUGCCCCCGUCGAAACCAGCCAGUGGUGGUGCUUAACCACCCUGAUGCUGACAUUCCUGAAGUGGCAAACAUUAUGAAGUCGGUUAACAGGUACAAAAGUGAAGUCGUCAAGGUGGCAUUGUCCCAGAGCACAGUCAAAGCCCUCUCUGAGUGGAGCUUCCGUGGUGCAGAGGGUGCGCUAUCAAAGCCAGGUACACGAGUCCAGCCAUUAGGGAGCAAUGUCCGAGAGCGUUUCAUCUUAAAACUGAAGCUGAAAAAGAAGAGCAGAAGCAAAUAUGAGGUAGUAAGACUGUCCUCCACCACAGGGUCAGAGCAAAUGCCUAAGUUUAAUUGUUGGUUUUGUGGUCGAGUGUUCAACAAUCAGGAAGAGUGGAUUGGUCACGGACAGCGGCAUCUCAUGGAAGCUACAAGAGACUGGAAUAAGCUGUUCUAAAGAAACCACAAAACCCUUGGAUUGGGUCAGAAGCCGUCCUCUGAUGUAGAAAUGAGACUGAUACACAAUUCUGAUUUCUAUUUCUUUUUUAAAAAUCUAGAACAGUUAGAUACACUUAAGCUGUCAAUAUUAUUUUCUAUAGAUAUCCCUCCAGACAUUUUUAAUGGGUAUAGUGUAAUAGAAAGAGUUUGGUACCUGAAACCAAUUUAUAUGUAAAUAGUUUUAACCCAUGUAUAUUUAAAUCUAAAACCUUUGCGUAUGUACAUAAUGGAACUGUGAAAACUGGACACACUGUAUGUCUAUGGUGCAAGCAAAAAGAUCACUGGUAUAAAAAGAAGGUGCUGUCUGUGAUAGACCUCUUUCAAUGCAGUCAGAUAACAAAUUACUCAGGUAAUUUCAUAAUCUUGAAAUGAACAGUCCAGUUUAUAAAGAGAUCCUUUAUAUUAGCUCAGCUACUAUGUUCAAAGAUGCGUCAUUUAAAGUUUAAUUUGUUUAGGUUGGCUGCAUACAUUACCCUUAUUAGAGGUCACUGAGGUUAUUUUACCUUGCAUUUGUUUUGAUCACACCUUAAAACAUGUCCCUUUUUAGUAUUGAAUCAUGUCAAUGUUCAGAAUGUGUGGCAAACAUUCAAACUUUGUGCAGGCAUACUUUUAAGUCUUGGAUAUAUUUCAAAUCGAUCUAGAAACUUUAGGUUUAUGUGGAAGCUGUUGAAGCUUCAAAAUGUUAUCAUCUGUACACUGUAUUUUUUUAUUUUUCUUUUCUGAUCUUGAGUCCUGAUUGUUGGUGCCAUUGCAUCUCUUUUUAACACAUCAAAAUUGACCCAGUGUCAUUUUAGUAGCAAUAAUCAAUGUCACCACAGUUUUAAACAGCACAGAAAUUGUGCAGGCCAAUUGUGCAGGCUCAAUAUUUUGUCUGGUUUCAGCAUUUUUGUUUUUCUUCCACUGUUUUCCUCUGUCUGGAUGAAGUUGGAAGCCAGUAGAGCGUGGUUACACUUCAAUAAAGAAGAGGAAAAUGGAACAUCUUCAGAUGCAAGCCACCAAACCUCAAAUGGCCAACCAAACACUACCUGCAUUUUGUUCUCGUUCUCUCUGAUACUCGAGUGCCUCGAUCUGCCUCAAAGUUUUUAUGAAGUGGUUGUUCUUGUUCUCUGCUAAGCAUAUUGGGUUGUGGCAUGUCUGUGUGCUUAGAAGGUUUAGAGGUUAAGUGGCGGUUACUUCAUCCCCAAAAUUUUUAAUGUAGUUUUUAAGUCUUCAAAACUGAAUUGUUUUAUUGGCAUAUGAGUAGACUGUCAACAGUGCAGUGUAUUGUAAUAACAUAUUACAAGACACUAUUUGGCCCAACUUGCAAUUUGGUUGAACAAGGGUCUGAUUUCCCAGACAGGGAUUAAGCCUAGUCCUGGACUAUGUUUCACUCUCAAUGGAGAAUCUCUCUUCAGAAUGCUAUGUAUUAGGCUGUCCCUGUCCGCAAACCUGACUCUAAACCUAGUAGCGCCACUAGAGUGUAUCUGCACCCUGCCCUGCUGAUCUGUCUUUGUGGUUUAAUAACUUAUGCAAAUCUUCCUGCCAGCCAUUCACAGUAAGAUGGUCAAUUUCUGAAAGAUAGCUUCUACGUUACCUCACUGUUGCUGCCAGCAUUCACAAUAUCAUGUGCAUUAAAAGCCAGCAGUUUGAGCACUUCCACAUCCACAUUUGUUACUUACAACAUGCUUGAUAAUGAGGGUAAUAUUUGAAGUUUAUAAAAAAUGUCGUAUUUCAUAUUUUUUUUAAAAGGUCUCAUAACCAUUGCUAUGUUUUUUAUGCAUAGUUUGUGCAUCACUUUAACUAGGAAACAUGUUAAGGCAGAGCCUGUGAUUAUUCAAUUUAGGUGUAUUUUUAUUGUGACUCCUCUAACAUUUUGAAAUGUUCCUACUCUUCGUUUUUGAGAUGACAAUCACUAUUAUAACUGAAAACAGUUGAAUGAAGUCCGUUUACCACUGCGUUAGCAUCCAAAUUUCUCCAAUUUUAAUUUAAUUCUAGGUGUUUAUACAUAAUUAAAACCUCUGCAUAAUGUUCUCCAAUCACUGACCUCUGACCUUUACUCUGCUCAAGUUACCCUGCCUAACACUACCACUACACUAUGCCAUCAGCAAGCAAAAAGCAUGACCCUCACUUUGUCAAAUACCAACAGGACAGCAACCAAAUAAUUUUUAUGAAUUACUGAGGCAAAAAAAAACAAACAAAAAACAGCCGUUUAGUGUUUAAUGCUCAUGUCAUACAGGUUGUUGGGGUUUAUUAUGAUGUGAGAAACAAAUUUAUUUUUUUAUGAUAAGUGCCUAAAAUGUGAUGCACCAGGUUGACACUAUAUUGUACUGUAUUUGCCUCCUUGCAGUUCCUCCUUGAAUAAAUGUAAAUACUUUAAAAGAA